CUACUUCCUCCUCGGCUCCAGAGCGCACGCAGCGAGAUUCCCGCUCCAAACCAACCGCAACUGCGCACAGCCACAAGUGUCUCGCCUCCCGCCUUGAUCCGCCCUUCCCGUUUCCGGCGACCUCUCCGCCCCAGUCCCGACUCCCGAGCGAUGUCCACUCAGUCCAUCUCGCCCGCCUCCGCUCACUUCACUUACCCUGCUACCGGUGCGGUGGCGGCGGCCACGUCCUACUUCCCCGUCCCUUUCCACCUCCAGGCCGCGCAGUACUCGACGGCGAGCCCCGCGCCGGCGCCGCUUUACAACGCCGUCUACCCCGUGCCCCAAAUCCAGCAGGCACAACAACUCUUCCAGAAAGACUCGCAGAUAAUCACCCCUGAAGCUCUAGCUACUGUAAAGGCUGCUAUUGCGGGUAAUGACAAAGACAAGAAAGUUGAAGCAAAGAAAAAGGCAGUGCCCCGGAAGGCAGCUGGGCAAUGUUGGGAGGAUCCAACAUUAGCUGAAUGGCCUGAAAAUGACUUCCGUUUGUUUUGUGGCAAUCUUGGUAAUGAAGUGAAUGAUGAUGUUCUUGCCAAGGCGUUUUCAAAGUAUCCAUCGUUCAACAUGGCUAGGGUUAUACGAGAUAAAUCUACUGGUAAGACUAAGGGCUAUGGCUUUGCUAGUUUUGCCAAUUCAUCAGACCUUUCUGCGGCGCUGAAAGAGAUGAACGGUAAAUAUGUUGGAAAUCGACCAAUCAAACUACAGAAGAGUACGUGGAAGAAUAGAAUAGAUUAUGAAGCUCUGCAGAAACCAAAGGUUGGACCACAGAAGAAGCUCAAAGCGCAGAAAAGAAGUGUCCUACAUAAGUGAAGAAGCUGCUCAGUCAAGUGAUCCACGCUGAAAUGCCUGCAGCCUGCAGGCUGGACCACAGAAGAAUCUCAAAGCGUAGAAAAGAAGUGUACUACAUAAGUGAAGAAUAUAAUUAUCCUAGUUUGUCCUUGAGAAUGUUGUCAUUUUGGACAUGUAACAUGCAAUGCCUUGUAUUAGAGUCUUAGUGCAGUUCAUGAUUUGUAAUGUAGGUGUAAAUAUUCAAAUGAAAGCCACUGUUUUUUGAAUAUUAUGAAGUGCUCAUGGUGA